AUGUGUGACUUCUCGGAAUAUCAGACCGCUGAGCUCAAGGAGGCUUACAGAACUGGAGAUGGCAAGAUCCUGUACAGCCAGUGUGGCGAUGUCAUGAGAGCCCUGGGCCAGAAUCCUACCAAUGCUGAAGUCAUGAAAGUUCUGGGGAACCCUAAGAGCGAGAAUGUGAAGACCCUGAGCUUUGAGCAGUUCCUGCCUGUGAUGCAAACCAUUGCCAAGAACAAGGAUCAAGGCUGCUUUGAGGAUUAUGUGGAGGGGCUGAAGGUCUUCGACAAGGAGGGCAACAGGACAGUCAUGGGAGCGGAGAUACGCCAUGUGCUUGUCACCCAUGGGGAGAAGAUGACCAAGGAAGAUUUUGCGUGGCCGGAAGAAGUAGAGAUGCUUGUGGCUGGCCAUGAAGACAGUAAUGGCUGCAUUCAGGGGCGUCUUAGCCAUAGAGGCAGAGGCCAGCACUUUACCAUGUCCGAGCGAGUGGUUUUGUGCCCCGAGCGUUCCCGGCGAAAAUUUGCUCUUUAA